CACUUGAAAUACAGCCGUCAAAGUAUUUUUUUUAAAUAUUAAAUUUUUUUUGCAAAAAUGGAAGAAAAGAAGUGUUGUUUAUGCGGAGAAAAUAUAAAAGGAAUUUUCGGAGAUUUAUUUAAUAGCUAUUCCAAACAUUCCAAAGUUUUUCUUUCUGAAAUUCUUCACAAAAUUUUAAAGCAAGAUUGGAUUAAAAGUGAAGAAAACUGGAUAUGUUAUUUAUGCAUUAACCGAAUAAAUAAAUAUGAAUUUGGUAUGUUAUUGGUCAAGCAGAUGGAAGAAGAAAUUUUAGAAUCGAUUUCACUAAAUAGAAACAACCAAUUUAUAUUUGUGACUAGCUUUAAAGAGGAAGAAAGCAACGAAAACGAUUUGGAAGUCGAAGAAUGUUAUAGUACGUCGGAUGUUGACUUGACGAAGGUGAAGGAUGACGAAAUUAAUGAAGACUCAAUCGAUGUUGCAAUAGAUGACUCACAGGAUAAUAUUUUUAUGGAAAACAUUAUUGAUGACCAUACGGAAGAUGUCAAAAUAGAGACUAUAAUUGAUAUUCAGCCACUGAAAGUUUCUCCGGUGUCCAAACAUUAUUAUUGCGAAAAGUGUAAUAUUCUGUUUUUAUCCCUAUCUGAAUUUGAAAAACACAAUGAAAUUCAACAUGGUGAACGAGUCGUUCCCUUGCAAUGCCACGUAUGUGGCGUAACUUACACGACAGCGAAAAAAUUAAAUAAUCAUAUGAGGUCCCACCAAGGUCCGAUUAAAUGUCCAAUAUGUAAUAAGCAAAUAACCCAAAAAGGUGCUCUUAAACGACAUAUGGUCAUCCACACUGGUGAAAAGUCAUACCAAUGUGAUAUAUGUGGAAAGCAAUUUAUCCAUCGAUCUAGUUUUCGUAUGCAUAAUUUGGCUCACGGAAAUAUAAGAGAAGUAACCUGUCAAGUAUGUGGGUUCAAACUAAGAUCUCGUUCUCAUUUAUCUCGUCAUAUGCUGAUACAUACAGGAGAAAAGAAACAUGAAUGUCCUAAAUGCGGACAGAAGUUUGCCCAGCGAUAUAACAUGAAUGUUCAUUUAAAAUUGCAUGAAGGUAUAAAAAGACAAAAAUCUGCAGUGAAAUACAAAUGCCGUGUAUGUGAUUUAAAAUUUGAAUCAUCCAAAGCUUUAGAAGAGCAUAAUGAAAGUUAUGUGCACGUUGGAAAAAGUCCACUUGAGUUUGAAAAUGUAAUAGAUAACGUGAGAUAAAAAUACAUUUAUUAUAACUACUAGAAAUAUUUAAAUAAAUUAUAAAUAGUGAU